AUGGACAACUCUAUCCAGGACAGCCGGUCCGACAAGGACAAUAAAACCAAUUUCGACCAUAUUGAAAAGGCCGCCCCAGAGGAGAUCGACACUACCCACACCGAUGAGGCGAUGAAAGUGCUGGCCGGCUACGCCGGCGAUGAGUCGUGGGAGCCCAGCGAUGAAAAGCGUCUGGUCCGGAAAGUUGACUGGCGGUUGUUACCACUUCUAUGCAUGACAUAUGGCCUGCAGUACUAUGACAAGGCCAUGCUGUCUCAGGCUGCUCUAUUUGGACUGCGUGAGGACUUAGGUCUGCUUAUCGGCAACCGUUAUGCGAUGUCGGCGGCCAUCUUCUAUCUAGGGUUUAUUGUCGGCGCGUACCCUACCAUGGCUCUCGCGCAGAGAUACCCUAUACACCAUGUGGCUUCACUCACCGUUACAACUUGGGGAAUCUGUCUCAUCUUGACACCGGUGUGUCACAACUAUCAAUCUUUGUAUGCCCAACGCUUCUUCCUAGGCGUUUUGGAGAGCGGCAUCAGUCCGAUGUUUAUGAUGAUUGUGGUUCGUACAUAUCCCAUUACAAGAGAGGAGAUAAUGAAUUGCACCGGAUACGUCAGCAUCUUCUCGCCCCUCGUCAACUACGGACUUGGUCACAUCAAGGGCUCGCUUUCCUCCUGGAAGUACAUGUAUCUCUUCGCCGGCGCUCUCACCAUAUCAUGGGGAAUCAUCCUGAACUUUGUCCUUCCACCUGACCCCGUGAGCGCCCGCGGCUUUACUGAACGUGAGCGCUACAUCUCAGUCGCGCGUCUACGAACCAACAACUCUGGCGUUCGCAACACCCACUUCAAAAUGGGCCAAGUCGUUGAGUUACUGCUGGAUCUGAAAUUCUGGCUAUUGUUUUUCACGGCAUUCCUUGCCAUGAUUGCCAAUGCACCAAUAUCCACCUUUACUCCGAUCAUUAUCAAUUCCUUCGGCUUCAGUACUCUCCAUUCCCUCCUCCUGGUAAUUCCCUCGGGCUUCUAUGGUGGAACCAUGAUGCUUCUCAUGCCGUACCUCUCCUACAAGUUCACUGCCAAGAACAUCCGUUCAUGGCUAGUAAUUGGAUGUCAGUUGGUUACCAUGGUUGCAUCAUUGCUUCUACUGCUCCUCCCCCUAAAAGAAACAGGCGGUCUUCUUUUCGCCUGCUACAUCUUGCCGACGAUGGGUGCGGGCUAUGCGGUGCUCAUGGGUCUGCAGAUUGCCAACAUUGCAGGCUAUACGAAGCGGUCUCUCUCAUCCUCAGGGCUUUAUAUUGGUUACUGUCUUGGCAAUUUUGUGGGACCUCUGUGUUUCAGAGAACAGGAUUCUCCGCGCUAUGUUCCGGGAUUUAUAGUCACCGUUGCGACCACUUUUAUUGCUGCAGUUCUGGUGCUCAUCUACCGCAUGGUCUGUCUCUGGGAUAAUCGUCGCAGGGACGCUACUGGGGUUCUCGAAGGAUUCGAGCAUGCGUAUGAAGAUGACUUGACUGACAAGACGAACCCUCAAUUCCGGUAUACGGUUUAA